GACAAAGGACUGCCAUCUCCAGGGACCCAGCAAAGAGACUAAUCUGGAAGCUUCCUGGGCCACCAGCAUGGAUCAUGCAGUGUGCAGGGUCCCCGCGGCAAGGCGUUCUGUGGCUGAGCCUAAAGGAAACAGAAGUGGUUGGUGUACACUCACGCGGAACUGUCUCCUUCCUACCACCCGCUGACAUCAACCAUCGUCUAUCUCGCUACAAUUUCUCUGCACUCAGAUUAAUCCCAGGCGAUGAAAAAUGAACCUCUCCCCCACCCUUGCAGCCACCCUUCGCCUCACGCCCCCAGAGAAGAGUUUCUCCAUCCGGCAACUGGUGAAGGCUUUUUUCCAAGUCACAUGAUCCAGGAUGCAGGGGAAAAUCCUUCUUGGAACAGAGCUGGGUACAGAACCGAAUCAGAUGAGGAGAGAUAAGGUGUGAUGUGGGACAGACUAUAUAAAGCAUGGAGCCAGGGCUGCAACAAGCAGGCAGCUGUGGGGCUCCUUCCCCUGACCCAGCCAUGCAGGUGCAGCCCGGCUCGGUAGCCAGCCCCUGGAGAAGCACGAGGCCCUGGAGAAGCACAAGUCGCAGCUACUUCUACCUCAGCACCACCGCACUGGUGUGCCUUGUUGUGGCAGUGGCGAUCAUUCUGGUACUGGUAGUCCAGAAAAAGGACUCCACUCCAAAUACAACUGAGAAGGCCCCCCUUAAAGGAGUGUCAAAGCAUCUCAACAAUACCAAACUGUCAUGGAACGAAGAUGGCACCAUCCACGGACUCAUAUACCAGGACGGGAACCUGAUAGUCCAAUUCCCUGGCUUGUACUUCAUCGUUUGCCAACUGCAGUUCCUCGUGCAGUGCUCAAAUCAUUCUGUGGACCUGACAUUGCAGCUCCUCAUCAAUUCCAAGAUCAAAAAGCAGACGUUGGUAACAGUGUGUGAGUCUGGAGUUCAGAGUAAGAACAUCUACCAGAAUCUCUCUCAGUUUUUGCUGCAUUACUUACAGGUCAACUCUACCAUAUCAGUCAGGGUGGAUAAUUUCCAGUAUGUGGAUACAAACACUUUCCCUCUUGAUAAUGUGCUAUCCGUCUUCUUAUAUAGUAGCUCAGACUGAAUAGUUGUUCUUAACCUUUAUGAAAAUGCUGUCUACCAUACAGUACUUCAUCUGUCCAAACAUGGGCCAAAGAAAAUAUUAGGACAACUCAAACUAAGCAUGUGAGUUAGUGCACUUCUCUUUCUGUCCUUUGGAAAAAUACAAACCCAGGAUUUAGAAAGUGGAGUCUCCUUCAGAUGCACAAACAGGAAAGAAUGUGAUAUGUGCACAGAGACCUACUUGGGCACUAGAAGGGGUUGAGUUGUCCCAGUAUAACCACUAAUUCACUGACCUUGAGCCAUUUUUCCUUCCCCUGGAACUUGGGGUCUGAAUCUGGAAAAGUAGGAGAUGAGAUUUACAUUUCCCCAAUAUUUUCUUCAACUCAGAAGACGAGACUGUGGAGCUGAGCUCCCUACACAGAUGAAGGCCUCCCAUGGCAUGAGGAAAAUGAUGGUACCAGUAAUGUCUGUCUGACUGUCAUCUCAGCAAGUCCUAAGGACUUCCAUGCUGCCUUGUUGAAAGAUACUCUAACCUCUUGUAAUGGGCAAAGUGAUCCUGUCUCUCACUGAGGGGAGUAGCUGCUGCCAUCUCCUGAGACAUACAUGGAGACAUUUUCUGCCCAAAUUCCAUUCUGUGUGCAGUUUUUAAGUAUUCCCCCAAAAGUUCUUGACAAUGAGAACUUUGAAUGUGGGAAGAGCUUCUGGACAGCAAACAUUAACAGCUUCUCCUGACCAGAGAGACCAUGCAAGCUUGGUCUUAGACCCAUCAAGCUUGAGGUUUCUACAUUGUGGGAGACAGACUUUUGACAAACCAUUUGAGUUGAUGUCUGGGCCCCUGGGAGUUCUCCUUCAGUAAGGAGAGCAAGCCGUUCUAGUGCUGUGUCAGAGGAUGGAGUAAAAUAGACACUUUUCUGAAGGAAAGGAGAACAAAGUUCCAGAAAAAGGCUAGAAAAUGUUUAAAAGGAAAAGAAAAAACUCAGCUUUUCUCAUAUGAGAGGAACCCAGAAAAACAACACUGAAAAAGAAGAGUGGCUCUGUCAACCUCCUCUUAGGUCUCCUCCUCUCUAGUUAUUGGGAAAGGAGUUGCAUGGUACAGGACAAGUUCUGGUGUGUGGUCAAAUAGAAUCAGAUGUGGAGAACACCAUGCAGAGAAUAAGGAGACCUGUCAUAUUUGUGUUGUACUCAAAUGAGGGGCAAAUGAAUCUUAGGCUAAAUCAAAUAACAGUCUCUGUCAAGCUGUGCUCAGAAAGUCAACCACUGAAGAUGGAGGGUGAGGCACGUCAUUUAAAAAAAGUGAAAUGUAGCAAAAUGAAAACAAAUACAGACAAUACUUAUUAAUAAGUCAACUGGAGUGUAAGUAGGAAGCAGACAGCCCAGGAGUUUGAAACUAAACUAAUGAUACUUUUAAGGGUUAACCAGCCCCUGUGGGACUUUCUAGUACACCUGUAAUAAUUAUAUUUUUCAUUGAUAUGACAGAAUACCUGGCAGAUACAACUAAAGAAAAAUAUUUAUUUUGGCUCAUAUUUUAAAAAAAGAUACAGUCCACAAUGACCAGAAGGCAAGGCCAUAGGAAGAUGGGGGUGGGGGGUCACGUUGAGUUCACGGUCAAGAAGUAGAGAGAGAUGGACUCUGGUAUUUAUCUUUUUCUCUUUUUCUUCAUUUAUUCAGUCUGAGAUUCUAGCCAAUAAGAUAGUGCUUCCCACCUUCAAGAUGGCUCUACCAUCCUUAGUUGAAUCUCUCUAGAGACACUAGUACAGAACAAGCUGGGUGUAUGUCUCCUAGUAGAUUCCAAAUCCUGUGAACUUGACAGUGAAGAUUAAUUAUCACCACAUUCAUGGAAGUAGGCACAUCAUUUUUUCUAACCAGAUGCUUAGGCUGCCUGAGACUCAUAUUUGCUUAGUGAAAAUUCAGUGCAUUUCCUCGUGAACUUGAGGAAAAUUGUGUGUAAAAAGUUUAUGUAUAAGUUGAUGAAAUGUUCCACCUCUGGAGUGAGGUCAGUUAGCCCUGGUGGGGUUCCUGUUAUGUAGAAAUUCAGGGAACACCAAUCCCUAUCCAGUCCUCAAGGACUUGCAUCCAGCCCCCUGAUUCCAGCUCUGCUGUUCCUCAUCAGGCUUCUUUGGACAUCCCACAGCCUUUGUGAAAAGCUUCAGGUCACAUCUCUCCAGGCCACACUGAAGCGGCCCCAGCAUCCAGGGACUCCUUGGCCCUCCUUUGUGUACCCCUGCCAUUUCGUCUCCAUCUUCUAUGGAUUUGGCCCAUAACUGAGACACAGAAGAGGGAUAGAGCUAUAACUUUAGGACCCUCAGAACCAAAGGAGUUUGUGAUCAAUCCAAUACUAUUUUUAGAUUAAAAAUAAUAAAGCUUAUUGUUUAAUUUUAACCUAUACAUAUAUAUAGGUGUACAUGUAUGUGUGUAUAUACACAUAUAUGUGUAUGUAUAUAUUUCCAGUCAUGUUUUACAUAUCUGCUUAGCCUAGGUCAGGGGAUGAAGCCUGACUCUUGCUUUGGGAAUUGCAAAGCUUGUAUAUGUUUAUAUUUAUUUUUAAUUAAGAAGAAAAUAUAAUAUUUUUCCUAGGCUUCAUCAGCUUAUUUAAUUAUUGUUAAUAUUUUUCCAGAUUUCCAUCUGCUUCAACUUUUUUUAAAUGGAGAUAGAUCUUAGCCACACUCUUCCAUACCCCACUCCCUCUCCAAGAAGUCAAAACUGCUGUCUGGAAGUCUAUGCCUGCCUUCCAUUUACAUAAAUUUACAUUUGUUUUCUAAUAAGAAUGUAUAGGACAAUUUUGUGUGCUUUUUAUUUUUUUAAUAAAAGAUAUACUUUAUAUAACAUCUUGUGACUUCCAAUGUUUUAUGUAAUACUAAAGUUUUGAGGUUUACCCAGACCAAAAAAAUAAAUAAAUAAAAAACUUCAAUCUAGUUCUUUCACUUAAA